UACUGUCAUUCAUUUGUGACAGUCACAAAAUUUUGAGGUUAUUUCUGUCACAAUUUUAUGAAAAAUUGGAUUAUUACAUCAGUUUACGUAAAUUAAAAGAAUAAACUGAGGCCAUGGACUCUCUAUCAUCUGGAUCCCUGAGUGGAGUACAAAAGGAAGAGCUUAUGGAUCAAGUAAAACAGCAAAUUGCCAUCGCAAACGCUCAGGAACUCCUCACGAAGAUGUCCGAAAAAUGCUUCAAGAAGUGCAUCAAUAAACCGGGGACGUCUUUGGACAGUUCUGAACAGAAAUGCAUAGCCAUGUGCAUGGACCGGUAUAUGGACUCGUGGAACCUUGUAUCCAGAACUUACAGCAGUCGAAUCCAGCGGGAAAGGAACAACAUGUGAGGUCUUCUCACUGAAGAAUGAUAAGCCAUUACAUCAUUGUAAAUAGAUAUGAUUUAGUAGUCCUUUAACUGGAGCAUGUUCCGAUGGUCGAGACUCUUGUUAUGUUACUGUACUGUGUUCACUAAAAUAUGUUAAGGUUGUUAUCAACUUUUAAAGAAUUGAUCUUUUACUUUAUUACAUUGUUGUAGACUGAAAACAGUGGCAUUUAUUUCAAAAUAUGUUACUAACAAUGUAAGCAAUGCUGUCUAUAAACAAGAAAAUGUACCUAACAUCCAUAUACCUCAAAAUUUUAACUUUUGUUACAUUUUGUGUAUUCAAACAGUACAUUUUAUCAUUUAUUGUUUCAAAAUAGAAGAAACAUCAUUAUACAUGGUUGUAAUAUAGAACCUACUAGCAUAUUUUCUUGAGGCACUAUAACAGAUAAUAAAUAAUUACUAUGUUAUCAUUGUAAUUUCAUUUUAUAUUUCUCCUUUUAGCAUUUUCUUUCUGUACUGGUACAGUUUCUUAAUCCACAUUUCUUUCAACUCCUCUUCACUUGGUAUAGC